AUGCAGCCUCUACAGAUCAGCGCUGUGGCAAGCAGGCCACCGUUGUUUUCCAGACGAGCUCUGGUAUUUGCGGAACGGCCGCAUGCUUGGCCAAGGGUGGUUCGCUUCGCCGGUUUCAGCCGCCAGCUGCGCCGCGAUGCGCCGUUGGCGCUGGUGAUGGUCCUCACCGCCUUUGCGAUGGCCGUGGCGGCACACAUGUUUGGAGGUCACAACUUUCAUCACACGUGGCGUGCAGCUCACCGCUUUUUGUUUCGACGACGGAGGACGUGGCUCCCACAUGGACCCGAGGGCACAGCUUUGCUGGCGGCGUUGAUUGUGGCAGCUUUAGCCGCCCCACAACGCCGAUGGCGGCACCAACCAACUCCACGGAUCAGGCGAAGGCCAAUAGCGGCGCCACUGCAGUAUUCGGCCCCACCACAGACACCCGCAGAGCGGCGGGAGGCGGAGGUGCAAGAGGCCUUUUCCAAUCUCCGGCAGCUGAUCCAGGAGGGCGAUGCCGCGCUAGCUGCCAUCAAGCUGGAGACCUGGGGCCAAGGUGGCCGUCCCAGUCGCGCCCUUCGGCGUGCGGAGCUACAAAUCCUCCUUGUGGAGGCUGCUCGAACGCGCAAGCCUGAACCGGCCCUUCUGCGCGAGAUGGGCAAGGAGCUUUCGAAGCUGGGUGUCCCUUUAGAUUGGUCGUUGGAGCACGACUGCAGCGAGAACUUUGGGCGCUAUGCCCUGGAUGCAGCACUCGAGGCUGCAGUGAAGGAGGCGCGCAGCGAGCGCGCAGCUCUCACACUGCUGACUAUGGGUCAAGGCAGUGGCUCCGGGGACACGUCGCAGCUGGACGUCAACCCACUCUUCAGAGCGGCUGCAGGGCAGGGAAUGACAGAGCUCCUUCUUCGCUUGGUCAAGGAGUGUGGCGCAGACGUAAAUUCCAAGGACCCUCUCUUUGGUGCCACGGCGCUCGACAGGGCAGCAGAUGCUGGGAAGGAGCGUGCCGCCCUUCGGCUCCUGCAGUUGGGCGCUGACCCUGGCGCUGGCCGCGGGGUAGACUAUCUACUCGCUCGCUUGAGCCCGAAGGUUCGCGCGCAGCUGCCCAGGGCCAGCGCCACUCCACGGAUCGCACCCAAGGGUGAGCUAGACGAGGAUGAGUUCGGUGCUGUUCGCGACGCGCUCCGCGUGUCAGAAGCCUCCGCUUUGGCAAAGCUCCGUGGCCGGAGGCUCUCUGCCGUCCAGCUCUCCCAGUUAAUGGACGAUUCCGCAAGGUCCUGGGCGCGAUGCAAGCACUUGAAGCCUCGACAAAUCGAUUCCAUUUUGGUCCAAUUCCGAUGUGUGAAGGCAAGAGUUGGAAUCCUUGGUGACAAGGAUUCGCACAUAGCCUUAGUUAGGACCGGCAAGAAGCUCUUGAGCGUCGUGGCACAUUGCACGAAUUAUGACACAUGCCGCUUCAACAGCCAUGUUCACAUGUCAGACCUGGCUGCACCGCUGAUUCUCACGGGACUGGAGCCUCUGAGGCGGUCCGCGCCGGAGCCGGCUGGUGCAAAGGCCGUGCAAACAUACUUGGACUUGUUAGAGCUGCAGGGAAUCAUAGCACAUUCGAGUACCACCACGACACGACACGAGUUCUUCUGCCGGUUUCAACAGAAACAGGAAGCCGACUUUUGCUGGAAGACCCACCGGAGCGAGAACAAAACUUCUGAGGGUCGCGAGAUGUUUGAACAUCAGUGGAAUCCUGAAUUGGACACUGACAGCACAAGCACCGUAGCCAAGGCACCCAAGGCGCCUCGCAGCACCGUGCCGCCACCGGAGCCUUGGAUGGGACGCCUUCUUCCCGAUGCCGCUGAGCCUGGUGCACCCGCCAUCACAGGAGCUUUCUUUGGAGGUUUCGGAGCAUUUCUUGGUGUGCUUCGUGGUGCUGCCGUGGCUUUGCUCACUGACAGGUUCCCGGACCUGCCGCGGAGCCGUGCCUUCGCAAUUGGCUUCGCUGCUUCCGCGCCGUGGUAUGUGUCUUUGCUUGGCAUUUCAGGGGUCCUGUCGGUGUACUCCGCCCGUGCCGAGCGUGCUGGACGCCCUGCGCAGCUGGAGCUCUCCGAGUCACACCCAGCUUGCGCAGCCAGGCAGCAUUCAACUUAG